AUGUUCCAAAUCCGUAGUCACCCUAUCUGUAAUUACGAGCUGAUAAACUUGGACGCCCUCAUGAGGCACAAGCGAAAACAUGAACCACCCGGAGGUUUCCUGUGCACUGUUUGUAAAGCUCCCUUUACCUCGGUCGAGGAGAGAAACGCACACAAAGGGCUAACCCAUCGAUCGUUUUACUGCACGCACUGUAAGGAAGCGUUCCCCGAGGAACAGCAGUACAACGAUCACAUGAAAUUGCUUCACGGAGAAUUGCAAUCGAAUAACGCCAAACACGAAGUGUGUGAAACAUGCGGCCUACAGUUCCGGACGAGGGCGCAACUUCGGAACCACAUGGAGUCCAAGUGUGGCACCGAGAAGCGUUUUCUUUGUGAUAUCUGCAAUCGGUACUAUUCGACCGCAGCAUCAUUGAGCGUACAUCGCGGGUUGCAUGAAGCGAAGAAGGAUCACCUAUGUGACUACUGUGGCGCAAGCUUCUACAACCGUGGCCAGCUGAAGGUGCACGAGCGUAUUCACACCGGCGAAAAGCCGUAUAAAUGUGAUAAAUGUGAUAAAGCAUUCGCUCAUCGAGAAAGUCUCGUGACCCACUCUACGAUACACAGCGGUAUCAAGCCGUACAUUUGUGUGAUCUGCAAUGAUCGAUUUUCUUGCGUCGGGAACCUGAAUAAACACCGUAAGCGUCGGCCGCUCACCUGUGGUCGGCCAGAAAAUUACUCCCUCCAAAGAUUUACACAACGACCGAGCACCAAGAAAGAGUCCGAUUUCCAAACAAAUCCAAAACAGCCGCAUGAUGUGCAGCUAGCUGCGGAUACAGGCGACGGACAUGAAGAUGAGGUCAUGGAGGCUGUUGAAGAAGCGGCAGAUGUUCUGGCAGAGAGUGGUGGUGAGACGGUGCAAUUCAGCGUGCAGACCAUGUCUCCGCUGGGGGGAGCAGAAAAUCUCAGAAUCGAGGACCAUUUUGAAACAAUCGACGAGAUCGAGGACGAGGAUCAUGUUGAGGAUUUCGAAAAGGAAGAGGAGUACCUCGUCGAAGAAGACGACGAAGAGCGUUCCGAGGAGUUGUCCAUGGAAGGGUUGCGCGUCAGUAAAACCACCGAAAACGACGUGGUUGAGGUGGAAGUAUCGGCGAGAGAUGAUACCAUUGAAGAACCUGCGACGCUUGUUACACAAUGUGAAAGCUAUGAAAACUGCCAUCAGAAUUCGGCAAAAAUUUUAGAAUUUAGCAAUUCAGCAAGUGAAGACUCGUACCUUUGUGUGAUUCUUAAAAAUGACUGCGAAUCUACCGGCGACGAUAGUGAACAACAGCAACAGCACUGGUACACGAUCAUCACAUCGGACCAGGAAACGCGGGUCGUGGCACGGGCUGAUCUGCGCGGCAAAGACAUACCCUCGAUUCGCGAAGAAAUAACGCCACGAAUUUCGAAACAACCAAACGUGUUUGAAACGGCGAAAGAGAGAAUAAAACUGGAAGAAGAAAAACUGGAACAACAAUUGAAGACUUUGCGUGAAAGCUACGAAAUCGUAGACGAAUCUUAUCGCUGCUCUCGCUGCCCACUGCAGUACACGACAGAAUACUUGAUCGCUCGGCACCUGGAGCGCGUUCAUGGCUGUCAGCUGGCGGAAGCACUUGAGAAGAUGCAGUACAUGAAGCGAGCCGCUCAAGAGAAGGUCUACCGCUGCAAGUACUGCGAUCGAACGUACAUCAGUUUGACGCGGCUCAAGAACCAUCUCACGCACCACGGACCUAAUGGUACCCUGCGGCACAAGUGUCCCUGCUGCGGUAGCUACUUUGCAACGGCACAGGAAGCACGGAGCCAUGCCCUAGCGAUGCAUCGCGAGCGUCUGGAGUGUGGCAGUUGCGGUAAACAGUUUCAGGACCCGGAAAGUUUGCAGGGCCACAUCCGGUACGCACAUCGUGGUGCCAAAGAAGCGCGCCGUUUCCAGUUCGUUUGUCAUCGGUGCGGUAAAAACUUCCCGUCGCGAACCGCUCUGACCGAUCACGAACGAUCCAACUGUGGCGAGGCGCCUCUGUAUCGGUGUGAUACGUGUGGAAAACACUACUCCAGCUUCUGCUCGCUGAAGGCACACCAAACGGUGCACGAGGAUCGGUUGUCGUUUGUGUGUGGCUUUUGCCAGAAACGCUACCGCACCAAGGGGCAGCUCAAAGUACACGAACGGUCGCAUACCGGGGAGAAACCGUUUAAGUGUGAACACUGCCCGAAAUCGUUUCCAUAUCGAGAAUCGCUUGUCACGCACCGGUCGAAGCAUACAGGUAUAAAGCCACACGCCUGUGACGUCUGUGGGCAGAAGUUUUCUUGUAUUGCGAAUCUACAGUCGCACCGACGAGCAAGGCGAACAACCUGCGGGAAGGAUAUGAACAAACGAAAACUAACCAAAGACAAAACGCCUUCAGAGAGCGAAGGAUGUAAAUAAUUCAAUAUGCUUUGUAUCUUUGAGACUUACGGUGCAAGGUCCCAUGCUUGUAAAGAUUAUUUAAUUUAAAAUGAUGUUCGAAAGCAUUCUCCAUGACACGUUUUACCUAUU